CGAAAAUUAAAUUUUGUACGCUAAAGACGCGCACAGCUCAAUAGAUCUAUUUGCAUUUUUCAUUCAAAACCUACAAUGGCUCCACGCAACAAGGAACAAGAACAGGAGGUGCUCAACUGGAUAUUCGCGGUCAUCGGCGAGAAGGUGCCCAGCGGCCAGUAUGAGGAUAUUCUCAAGGAUGGCAUUUGGCUGUGCAAACUGGCCAAUAAGUUGGCCCCCGGCUCCGUUAAAAAGAUUCAGGAGCGCGGCACAAACUUCCAGCUGAUGGAGAACAUCCAGCGCUUCCAGGCGGCGGUUAAGAAGUACGGCGUGCCCGAGGAGGAGAUAUUCCAAACAGCCGAUCUCUUCGAGCGUCGCAAUAUUCCACAAGUCACCCUGUCGCUGUACGCCCUGGGUCGCAUUACACAAAAGCAUCCCGAGUUCACUGGCCCCACUCUCGGCCCCAAGAUGUCCGAGAAGAACGAGCGCACCUUCACCGAGGAGCAGCUGCGUGCUCACGAGGGUGAGCUGAAUCUACAGAUGGGCUUCAACAAGGGCGCCUCCCAAUCGGGCCAUGGUGGCUUCAGCAAUACGCGCCACAUGUAAAACGGCAAUUAACACCCUCAGGUAUACACGCAGACGCAUACACACACAUACACCGCCCCACUCAAGCAGCUACACCAAAACCAAAUUAGUUAAAGCAAUGUUGAACAGUAGAAUUCUAUUUAUAUUUUUGUUGGCGGCUUUUAUGAUUAGCAAUGCGAAGAAGCGCAGCGCAGGCCACUCUAAGUGUAAUUUACAUAUUAUGAAAUAAAUAAAUUAAUUAAUUUUAAUACAAA